AUGAGCAGCGAGAAGAAGCGGACCAAGGCCGACGCGCGCUACCAAGCAGCGCUACUGAAGCGUCCGCUCCAGACCAAGGCGAUCACGUCCGCUGUGAUGGGCGCCUCUGGCGAAAUCGUUGCGCAUGGCCUCAAGUACAAGUCCCUUCAAGGCCUUUCGCUCCAGCGUGUCUUGGUCUUUGCGCUUUACAGCGGCGGGAUCACGGCGCCAGUCAUGCACGCGUGGUAUGGCUUUCUCGAGCAAUGCCGAGUCCGCGGCGACCGCCUGUCGAACAACGGCAAGCUCUUGCUGGACCGUCUCCUUCUCACGCCCCCUUUCUUGGCCUUGACGCUCUUCGCGUUGUCUCUCUUGACGGGCGCGUCCGUCGCAGCGUCCAAGGCGCUCGUGCGCUCCAAGUACGUCACAGCGCUCUGGAUGAACUGGAAGGUCUGGACGCUGACCCAGUACCUCUCGUUCAACUACGUCCCGCCGCAUUUGCGUGUUCUCUGGGGCAACGCUGUCGCCUAUCUCUCCUUAUCGUCCUAG